UCCCGGAGCUUCUCCUGUGCCCUCCCCACCUCCUCCCGGGUUUCCCGUGUCCCCUCCCCGCCCCGCCCCCGUUUUUAAACCUGGCGCCGAGCGCACUGGUAGGUGAGCGCCCUCGCCCAGAGGUUAAAGGCGCGGCCGAGUCGCUGGCACCGCUGGAGGGGCGCGGGCUCCGCGGGCACCAUGAGACCCGAGGCGGCGGCCGGAGCCCGGGAGGCGCGGAGGCGCGUCUGUCACUGCCCCGGGGACGGUCCCAGGGGUCCACCGCCGCCGCGCGGGCCCGAGAGCCCUACACCAUGGAGACCUUGGAUCCGGUCGCCCCAAGAUGCUGAACCAGCCGGAACUGGAAACCCGCCUGAGUCUGGGGGUGACCAACAAACUUCUGGAUCAAAGGGGGCCUUUGGGUUCCAGCAUCCUGUAAGACUUUAUUUACCCAUUUCUAAGAGUCAAGAAUAUCUGCAGAGUUCCGGGGAGAAAGUGCUGGCCAGUUUCCCAGUGCAAGCCACCAUUCACUUCUACAACGAUGCGUCCGAUUCAGAUGAUGAAGAGCAAGAGGAUGAAGCCCAGCCGCCCGACCUUCCGUGCCAGGAGGUGGCAGGUCCAGUGGAAGACAGCCUGGGAGCAAAGGGCAGAGGUCGACAGACAAACCCAGGACGGAGAUCCCGAGGAUGUGGUGGCCUCGGGGGUAAGGGUCUGCUCCCCCAUCGUGACUCUCUGGGAGGCGCUGAGUGCACCUCAUUCAAAUAAGCCAGGUCUCUCUCCCAUGCCAGACCCACCUCACACACGCUCUUGGGGACAGCUGCUCCAGGACACUUUGCAUUUCUGCUGGGUGUAAGGGGUCAGGGCUGCCUACACUCUCCCUGGUCAGCACUCCGUUCAUGGCAAGAACUCAGCUUUUACUUUUCCUUCUGGUGACUCUUCUUCAGGCACUCAUGCAUACCGUUUAGAAAGCAUUCUAGGACCAAGAGAAGGUUGGUGUCAACAUGGGUUGUUAGCGGAUAGGGCCAACUAUCAAAGCACGUUCAGUACUGUCACUCUGCUGAUCAAGUGACAAAUCAUUCCAAUACAGAUUAGUAACCCACCCAUGCCUCUCACUUAACCUGAGACUCAUUAUUUGGCUAUUUCUGCUGUUGUAAAAAUGAUUUAGAUAUUGUCCAAGGGUUGAUGCGGUUGCUCUGUGGCAUGCUGAAAAAAAUUUAUUUAUGAAAAAACAAACAAAACACUGAAUAAUUUCCAUAAGAGCAACAGAAAUAAAAAGACAUGGAUUUCUAGGGAACCGUUCUGGAUAAAAAUUUACAUGAUUCUUGUCCAAGUUCUGUGCCUAUGAAUAGACAGGGAGAGGAGCUGUAACUAGCUGGGAAUUGCUUUGGGCUUGUUACUUGAAUAGAAUCACCCUGUUUUCAAUCAAAGUAUCUAAUGUAAAAUUAUUUUCAGUUUUUUUAUAUUUUGAUGACCAAAUGAGUGUAUUCCUCAAGGUUUCUUACUUAACUAUCUUAUGUGUGGUUGUCU